AUCAUUCAAGAAUCAAAUUUGGACAAUGGAUAUACAUAUUUUUAUCAUCACGCUGUGGGUUUUAAUUAUACCUGGUGAUUUAAGUGAUUGUGGACAUGUGAAAUCAUUUUUAAAUUGCAACAAACGUUUUCCAAAAAAGAAAUACCGACCUUUUUAUCACAUAACAACGCCAGAUGGUUGGAUCAGUAAUCCUACUGGAUUUACCUUCUACGAAAGGCAGUAUCAUAUUUUUUUUCAAUAUUUUCCAUAUAAUGGAGCGUGGAACCACAUGAGUUGGGGACAUGCGGUCAGUGAAAAUUUAAUAGACUGGAUCCAUUUUCCGACGGCAUUGAUGCCAAAAGACCAUUACGAUAGUCAUGGUUGCCUGGCGGGUUGUGCACUAGUUUAUAAGCAUAUGCUCACAUUAUUCUACACGGGUAAUGUAGUGUCAGGUCGUGAAUCAUUCCAAACACAAAAUAUAGCCAUAAGUGGUGACGGUAUGUAUUUUCAAAAAUAUUUAUAUAAUCCAAUUAUAAGAGAAUCUACGAGCGGAAUAAGAGAAUUCAGAAAUCCUAAAGUCUGGCGUUUUCGUAACGUUUGGUACAUGAUUGUUGGCACAACAUCCAGCGAAAGUAGUGGUCAACUAGUUUUAUAUACCUCUGGGGAUAUGUUUAAUUGGGAAUUAAAUGGCACAUUGGUUAAUUCAUAUGGAGAUAUGGGCUAUAUGUGGGAAAAUCCAGAUUUAUUCGAAUUAGACGGCUACCAUGUUCUUAUCCUUUCAGCCCAAGGAAUACAACCAGAUAGUUGGAGGUUCAGAAAUUUGUAUCAGACUGGAUAUAUUUUAGGAAAUUUUAAUUAUAUUAAGGGUCAGUUUGAUGAUAUGGAAGUCUCUAUAGCUACCUUUCAUCAACUCGAUUAUGGACAUGACUUUUACACCGUUAAAACAAUGCGCGCUAAGGAUGGCCGAAGAUUAUUAAUAGGUUGGCUUGGCACGUGGGAUACUGACUUUAUUGAAUCUACUUUUGGUUGGGCGAGUAUGCUGACGAUGGUUCGAGAAUUACGCAUAAACAAAAACGGUAGAAUACUAAUGACACCUGUCGAGGAAAUAAUUCAACUACGGGGAGAAUUAAUAGAAAACGCUUGGUACAAACCUGGUGAAUAUUUCCAAGCUGAAAGUAAAUCUUUCGAGUUAAUAGUAAAUUCAACUUCAGUAUUUUUAGACGUUGAAAUUAUAUUUGAAUGGAAGUAUGGUGGAUUAACUAUUGGAUAUUCUGCAGAACAUGGAUUCAUCAGUAUCGAUCGAGGUGGUAUUGAUGGUGUACGAAGAGCGUAUUGGUCGCCCAUUGACUAUGUUCACUUGCGAAUUUUCGUCGAUUCCAGUUCAAUAGAAGUUUUUUGUGGAGAUGGUGACGUUGUUUUCUCCAGUAGAAUAUAUCCAAAUCAAAUGCGUAUACGAAUAGCCGGAUAUUCUGAAGUCCACAUAAUGCAGUAUAAGCUACGACCAAGCAUAGGCUUGAAUAAUAAACUAAAACAACAUGUGAACAAUGAUCUGAUAUACAACAACUCCUACAUAUAUUAAUUAAUAUUCAU